AAGCUUCUUCUUCUCUCUCUAUAAUCACCUUUUUUUCACCUCUGCGAGUGAGAUCCACUAAUGGCGUCGCCGCCUCCACCACCCCUCCUAAUCCUCGGCGUCCUCUUGGCAGCCUCCCUAAUCCCACCCUCCCAAUCACAGUCCGCCAUGUGUACCAGACAGUCCUUCAACAACAACAAGCGCUACACCUUCUGCAACGACCUCCCCUCCCUCAACUCCUUCCUCCACUGGGACUUCGACGAGCCCCAAUCCACCCUCUCCAUCGCCUUCAUUGCCUCCCCUUCCAAGCCCGACGGCUGGGUCUCCUGGGCCCUCAACCCCUCCUCCACCGGCAUGGCCGGCUCCCAGGCCCUCCUCGCCUUCAAGCAGCCCGACGGCAAGAUGGCCGUCAAAACCUACAACAUCACCUCCUACGCCCCCCUCAGGGAGGAGUCCAAGGUCUGGUUCGACGUCAAGGACUCCUCUGCUGAAUCCUCCGCCGGCGCGAUCACCCUCUUCGCCACCCUCGUGCUGCCGGAGAAGGGGAAGACGGUUCUCAACCACGUCUGGCAGGUGGGGCCCUCCGUCACCGCCGGAGUUCCCGACAAGCACGACUUUCAGCCCGCCAAUUUGAACUCGAAAGGCAGCCUUGAUUUGCUCAAAGGCCAGACCACCGCUUCCACCGAGGGAAAUUCCAGAUUGAAGAAGAGGAAUAUUCAUGGAGUUCUGAAUGUGGUGAGCUGGGGGAUUAUGUUCCCUACUGGGAUCAUCAUUGCUCGAUACAUGAAGGUGUUUCCAUCGGCUGAUCCCGCGUGGUUUUACCUGCACGUCUCGUGCCAGGUCUCUGCCUACGCCAUCGGAGUUGCUGGUUGGGGAACUGGCCUUAAACUCGGGAGCGAGUCAAAGUCCAUUACUUAUUCAGUUCAUCGCAACAUUGGGAUCACACUCUUCGUCUUUGCCACUCUGCAGGUAUUUGCAUUGCUUUUGAGGCCCAAGAAGGACCAUAAAUUUCGCAUCUACUGGAAUGUUUAUCAUCACGGAGUAGGAUAUUCAGUUGCUGUUCUUGGCAUCAUCAACGUGUUCAAAGGUCUCGACAUAUUGCAGCCUGACACCAAGUGGAAGCGUGCAUACAUUAUUGCGAUCGCGCUUCUUGGAGGCAUUGCCUUGUUGCUGGAGGCCUUCACUUGGGUCGUCGUGUUAAAGAGGAAAAAGGGCGACACAUCUACCAAACCGUAUGAAGGCUACAAUAACGGACACAGUAGGCAAGAACCUCUAGCUCCAUGAUUAUUUUGUGCCAUUUUGUUCCCUAUCUAUACCUAGUUUGAUCACAUGUCUAUUUUUCUCCCUCUUAGAUUCACUUGCUUGGUUGAGAUUGUGCCAUUUUCUCUUGUACAAUAGUUUGUGUAGUUAGUCUGGCAUACAACCUAUAGAUACAGGCUGGAAAAAACCAUUAUUUUUGCUAUUUUCUUUUGUCUCCUCCCCUGUUUUAUACAGUAUUAUUACAAGUAUCUAAGUUGUUUUUGUUGCA